CCUCCCGGGGCGGCGCGGCUCCUCCCGACGCGCGGCGGCGGCGGCUCGGGCGCUCCCUCGGCGGCUCGCCUCUCGUUGCCGCUGCUCCUCGCUCGCCCGCCAGCCCGUGGCUGCUUGGGCGGCCGGGAUCGCCGCCGCCUCCUCCGGGGAGCCGGCCGGGGCAGGGCGCAGCGGGGAGACGGGUGUGGGGGGGCGGGCAGGGAGAGGGGCUGAGCGCCGUGGGAGGGGGAGAGGGAGCGAGCGAGCGAGCGGGCAUUUCUGCGCAGCUCGGACGCCUCGGAGCCUGGCCGCGGGACACGGAUCGAGGACCGGCAGCGCCCGGAAGCCGCGCCGCCGCCGCCAGGUGCCCGACUGGCGUCCUUCCCCCAGGGAGCUGGUGUGAACAGAGGAGAGGACUGGCGUGCUGGUCACCAUGACAACAGAGACAGGCCCGGAUUCUGAGGUGAAGAAGGCUCAGGAAGAGGCCCCACAGCAGCCUGAGGCCGCCGCCGCCGCUGCUGUGACCACCCCAGUGACCCCUGCAGGCCACGGCCACCCAGAGGCCAACUCCAAUGAAAAGCAACCGCCCCAGCAGGACACUCGGCCUGCUGAACAGAGCCUAGACAUGGACGAGAAGGACAACGGGGAGGCUGAUGGCCUGUCAGAGAGGACCACGCCGAGCAAGGCCCAGAAAUCGCCCCAGAAGAUUGCCAAGAAAUACAAGAGUGCUAUCUGCCGAGUCACUCUGCUCGAUGCCUCUGAGUAUGAGUGUGAGGUGGAGAAACAUGGCCGGGGCCAGGUGCUGUUUGACCUGGUCUGUGAGCACCUCAACCUCCUGGAGAAGGACUACUUUGGCCUGACCUUCUGUGAUGCUGACAGCCAGAAGAACUGGCUGGACCCCUCCAAGGAAAUCAAGAAGCAGAUCCGGAGCAGCCCCUGGAAUUUUGCCUUCACAGUCAAGUUCUACCCCCCUGACCCUGCCCAGCUGACAGAAGAUAUCACAAGAUAUUACCUGUGCCUGCAGCUGCGGGCAGACAUCAUCACAGGCCGGCUGCCCUGCUCCUUCGUCACGCAUGCCCUGCUGGGCUCCUACGCCGUGCAGGCGGAGCUGGGCGAUCAUGAUGCCGAGGAGCAUGUGGGCAACUAUGUCAGCGAGCUCCGCUUCGCCCCCAACCAGACCCGAGAGCUGGAGGAGAGGAUCAUGGAGCUGCACAAGACAUACAGGGGCAUGACCCCAGGAGAAGCAGAAAUCCACUUCCUAGAGAACGCCAAGAAGCUAUCCAUGUACGGAGUAGACCUGCACCAUGCCAAGGACUCUGAGGGCAUUGACAUUAUGUUAGGAGUCUGUGCCAAUGGCCUGCUCAUCUACCGGGACCGACUGAGGAUCAACCGCUUCGCUUGGCCCAAGAUUCUCAAGAUCUCCUACAAGAGGAGUAACUUCUACAUCAAGAUUCGGCCUGGGGAGUAUGAGCAGUUCGAGAGCACAAUUGGCUUUAAACUCCCAAACCACCGGUCAGCCAAGAGACUGUGGAAGGUCUGCAUUGAGCAUCACACAUUCUUCCGGCUCGUGUCCCCCGAACCCCCACCCAAGGGCUUCCUGGUGAUGGGCUCCAAGUUCCGGUAUAGUGGGAGGACCCAGGCACAGACCCGCCAGGCCAGCGCCCUCAUCGACCGGCCCGCUCCCUUCUUCGAGCGUUCUUCCAGCAAACGGUACACCAUGUCCCGCAGCCUUGAUGGAGCGGAGUUCUCCCGCCCAGCCUCGGUCAGUGAGAACCACGACGCAGGACCUGAUGGUGACAAGCGGGAGGAAGACGGCGAGUCUGGGGGGCGGCAGUCAGAGGCCGAGGAGGGAGAGGUCAGGACCCCCACCAAGAUCAAGGAGCUGAAGCCGGAGCAGGAAACCACGCCGAGACACAAGCAGGAGUUCUUAGACAAGCCAGAGGAUGUCUUGCUGAAGCACCAGGCCAGCAUCAACGAGCUCAAGAGGACCCUGAAGGAACCCAACAGCAAACUGAUCCACCGGGAUCGAGACUGGGAGCGGGAACGCAGGCUGCCCUCCUCGCCCGCCUCCCCCUCCCCCAAAGGCACCCCUGAGAAAGCCAGCGAGUCCCAGAGGACCCAGGACACCUCUCAGCAGGACUUGGCACCUGAGCCUGGGACUGCCACCGGCUUGGAAGUGUUCACUCAGAAAAGCCUCGCAGCAUCUCCUGAGGGUUCAGAGCAUUGGGUAUUUGUAGAAAGGAAGUACACUAGGCCAGAAGAACUCAGUCUUCUAAAAGUGGCCGUCACGCAGCAGGAAGAAAGUGAGGCAGGCCUUGCAGAUAUCCUUGCCGAUGGCAGACUGUCCAAGGUGGAUAUCCUGGUGGACAAGUUCAAAGUUGAAGUGGCCACAGAGGAAAUGGUGGGAGCCAGAGGAGCAAACACCCAGCAAAAAGGAAGAAUGAUUGCAAGCCCUGAAGACUUCGAGUCACUGUGGGAGGAGGGCCCCCGGGUCGGGAAUGGCCCAGGAGGGGAUCCCCUGGCUGCAGGCUGCACUCUGGCAGAAAAGCUUCCUGAGGGCGCCCAGCUCAGGAUGGGCACCGGGGAGGCCACCAUCAGGAAGCGCCGGGUCUCGGGUCAGUGGGAGAGCCACGUGGAGCUAAGAAAGGAGCUGGAGGAGAUCCAGACUUGUGAAAGGCCCACUGCCCUGGGGGCCGGGCCAGCAGAGGUGGAUGUCUCCUUUCCAACCUCUGACAAGGGAGGACUUCAGUCGUUUCUGCUGGACCCAGCCCACGAGGAAGACAGAGCUGACUCGAGUGAUGAAACCGAUACUUCCUGUGCAGAGAGGAGCUUCUAUUUCAACUAUGGAGAGAAAGAUUUUGAAGACCAAAUCCUCCCUCCACUGUUGGAGGAGAGAGGAGAGCGCCCGAAAGCCCCUCCUGGAGAUGAGAGCAGGCGGGAGCUCCCGGGAGAGCUUGCAGAGCGCUCUGAGCUGAGGGCCUCUGCCCAGUGGGGCUCUCCGACAGCUUCCAGAAGGAACAAGGAUGAAGAUGGUGAAGCUCACACAGCUUCCUUGGAGAAAGGGGUGGGGCCUCCCAGGGACCACGGAGGACCCAAUGACCUGGAGGCCUUUGACCAGCAGCUCGGUAAUGGAUCUUUUCCAGGGCAGAGAUUUGCUAAGGCUUGGGAAGAAGCAGGGUGGGGGGUGAAAGGAGAGUUUACCCACCCAGCCCCUGCCAUUACUGCAGAGGAAGAGGCCCCCGGGAGUCUAGAUUUGAUGGGAAAGGCUGAGGAAAGUCCCCCAGCAGCAUGGAGGAACCACUCGCCUCACAGAGGAGCGGGUGUGUGCCCAGACUUCCCGGCCUGCGCCCUUCCAUGGACACUAGCCAAACCGGACAGAGACAACUUCUUGCCCAAAGACAAGGGACCAGUUCACACCCAAACAGGACAACCCAUGAGGGAGCACAGCAAGGUUCACACGGAGUUUCUUCAGAUGGAGGUGAUCAACCCCCUCCCAGCCUCCCGUGGUCCCUUUCAGGCUCCUCCUGAGGACGCUUCUGCGAGCCCAGCCUCUCAUGGGUCAGGGGAGCCUUUGCAGCUUGGGGAUCCCUUUGGAGAACAGCCCCCUGUGUUUCUCAGAGAGAGCCCAGAACCCAAGGACCAAGUAGAGCCUGUUGUGACUCUGGACAGAGGUGAGCGCAAGGCACCUCCCGUUGCCAGCAGAAAACGCAGAGUUGUCCUUGAAGAAGUUGAGGGAGUUGCAGCUCUAAGGUUGGGAUUCCCUUCAGGGAAGCCAAAGAUGACUCCUUUCCAAGCUGGGGGCCAAGAGGGCUCCCUGGAAGACAUCAGCAAGACCUCGGUGGCCAACAAAAUUUGGAUCUUUGAGACCCAUGGAGCUGAAAGUUGGCGAGCGAGUCAGGGCGAAACAUGGGCCCUUCCAAGUGAGUUGUCUUCAGAGGCCUCCCUAGGUCAGGCAGAGCAGCAGCAGAAUAAGCUUUCAGACCUGGGCUUCGUCCAACUCCCGCCCCCGGAGGACAUCGCCGGCCCCAAUGCCACGCACUCCUCAGUGAUGUCACCCACUACCAGCCACGAGGGCGUUUCUACUACAUCCCACCGGGAACUCGAGCUCAUGUCUCCCGAUUCGGGCUGCGAAACUACACUGGAGGAAGCUGCUAGGGGAGCUGGCCACAACAAAUCCGGAGAUGCAGUCAGGGAAGAGAAGCGCCUCGCCAGUUUAGCAGCAAAACCCCCUGGGAAAGGGGGGCGCCUGGGAUUCGUCAGCCCCUCAGGCCCUCAGAGAGCAGGGCUGAGGGAGGGCUCGGAGGAGAAAGUCAAACCACCACGUCCCAGGGCCCCAGAGAGUGACACGGGCGAUGAGGACCAGGACCAGGAGAGGGACGCGGUGUUCCUGAAGGACAACCACCUGGCCAUCGAGCGUAAGUGCUCCAGCAUCACCGUCAGCUCCACGUCCAGCCUGGAGGCAGAGGUCGACUUCACCGUCAUGGGUGACUACCACGGCAGCGCCUUCGAAGACUUCUCCCGCAGUCUGCCCGAGCUCGACCGAGACAAAAGCGACUCAGACACAGAGGGCCUGGUGUUCUCCCGGGAUCUCAGCAAGAGGGGCCCCAGCCAGGACGACGAGUCCGGGGGCAUCGAGGACAGCCCCGAUCGAGGGGCCUGCUCCACCCCGGAUAUGCCCCAGUUUGAGCCCGUGAAAACGGAAACCAUGACCGUCAGCAGCCUGGCCAUCAGGAAGAAGAUCGAGCCAGAGGCUGUGCUGCAGACCAGAGUCACCACGGUGGACACCCAGGUGGAUGGGACUGCCCUAGGGGGAAAGGAAUUCAUAACCACUGCUCCCUCCAUCACCACUGAGACCAUAUCAACCACCAUGGAGAACAGUCUCAAGUCCGGGAAGGGGGCAGCUGCCAUGAUCCCAGGCCCACAGACGGUGGCCACGGAAAUCCGUUCUCUUUCUCCGAUCAUCGGGAAAGAUGUCCUCACCAGCACCUACGGCGCCACCGCGGAAACCCUCUCCACCUCCACCACCACCCAUGUUACUAAAACUGUGAAAGGAGGGUUUUCUGAGACGAGGAUUGAGAAGCGAAUCAUUAUUACUGGGGACGAAGAUGUUGAUCAAGACCAGGCCCUGGCUUUGGCCAUCAAGGAGGCCAAACUUCAGCAUCCUGACAUGCUGGUGACCAAAGCUGUCGUAUACAGAGAAACGGACCCAUCCCCGGAGGAGAGGGACAGGAAGCCACAGGAAUCCUGACCUCUAUGAAGAGAUGCUGGCGUUUCUGGUCCAACUCAAGCCAGAGAACCAUUAAGAAGGGGCCUUCAUUCUGGAUUCUCCGAGUCAACACCGACGUCCCAGCUGCGACGUACUGUCACUGAUGAGAGACUGGGAGAGGAAAAGCAAAUAUAUAUAUAUAUAUAGAUAUAUAUAGAUAUAGAUAUAUAUACAGGAAACACUGCAUCCUUGCACUGCUUCUGGGGCUGGCCGGGCAGUCGGCCAACAGCAACAACCAACAUCUGAACACCUACAUUUCCUUUGCAGACAAAUUGAAGAAUUGGUGGGAUUUUUUCAGGAAAAAAAAAUUAUAAUGCCAAUAAUCCCUCGCUAUCCCCUUCGAAGGCCGCGGAGCGACGCGAGCAAGCAGCCCAGGAUGACUGCCGGGAUGCAGCACCGACUGCGCAGCACAUCCGGUGGACGGACCCUCCCUUUGUUCUCCAGUGUCUGUUGCCCAUGCAAGUGCAAAGGAAAACCCUUUUGCGGCAAAGCGAGACACGUUGAAGCAGCAAGACACACAACGAGAAAGAAAAGACAUUUCCCACUUGGAAAGGAGGAGGAGGAACACUGGAUUAUUAUUUUAUGGGUCUUGACACUGGGCUGCAAAAUCCACCUUCCUUUCUUCCGCCUCCCCUCCCCCUCACAAGUCUUGUCAUUUUCUGUCUCGACUCCCUCCUCCCAACCCUGCACCCCUUGCCCUCUGUCCGGGUCCUGCUGAGGGCCACUGCAGAUGACUCAUUUGAAACAAGAAAAAGAGAAGAAAGCAGGGACGGAAAACCAUGCCGCAGGAAGGGAAGUAGACACUGUAUGUUUAUGGUUCUCAUUACGAAGGUGCAGCUUGUAGGAGAUUUGUAUGGAUGUGCUUUUAAGUUAUGUAUAUGACAUAUAACGGGAAACAAAUAUUAAAAUAAACAGUGCUGGUAAGUAUGAAGCUGACAGUUUAAAAUUAUGAUUAUCUGACUGUGAUUGAUGUAUCCCAAGGUUCCUAGAUCUCACUGAACCGGCCCGGCCAAGGAGGCCUGGACUCUGGCUGUGGGCUGCUCACAGUAGGAGCUGCUGGGUUCAGUGUAGUAAUUCAGUGUGUGAUAUUUGUCAUUGGUUGAUUGGUGGGGAGGGGAGGGGUCCCCGAAUGGAGAAGCGGGGGUUUGACAAGAAGGAAGAAACACAGCUGUGGUCCAAGAUGCCUUCUCCCCUGGGCAGUAAGUAGCAACCAGGGCCUGGUCCGUGCUCAGAUGUGGGGCCCAGAGUUAGGAUUUUGCUGCGGAUCCCCUGGCCCAGUCCCCCUACCUCCCUAAGAGGGCUUGUCUCUAUUCUCAGUCCUCUGGGGUUUUUUUGCCACAUGUCUUGCCUUUCCCUGACCAAAUCCUGGUAGCUAACUCCCCAUCCCAAGCGGGGUGAUGCCCUUGGCCACUGCAGAGGAUGGUAGCUUUAUCCGGCUGCCUGAAAACUCCCAGCUCGGUCUCUUCCUCUACCACUCCCGUUCUCUGUUUGAGUCAUUCUCUUCUUCGUGGGCUGAAGCAGCCAUGGGAGCGACCCCAAACACAGGGUAGGCCUAGGUGAACGCUGAGGAUGAAAGGUGGUGCUGCUCACAGUCUCCAUCCACGUGUUAGACCCUGGCUUUGGAGACCUCCCCUUCGGUCAGCAUCUGAGCUCUGAGCCUGUGCCCUCUGAGUCCCAGAAAUUGCCUCAAACCACAGAAGCCCUUGGAGAAAACCCAUCAAAAGCCUGGCAUUGCCACACAGGGGCUUUCCCAGGCUCUCCUGGCACAAGCUGGCCCCCUGAGCUCAAUGAGUCCCCUCCUGAGGGAGUAUGUCCCUCUGCACUUUAACGUAUCAGUCCCAUCUCACCUCCCCAGUCCUGUUUCUGAAGCAGUUGCUAAACUCACUCAGCAAAUAUAUAUUGAGUACCUGCUUGUGCCAGGCACUGUUCUUGGGUUGAGAGAAUGUGGGGCACAUGGAGGCACCUGGGAAGCCCCCUGAGCCAGCCUUACAUUUCUAACCAGGGCUGUCUCUCCGAGAGCAUUUCUGCAUUCUCUCCAAUUAUUGGACAUUGCCCACGGAUGCCCUCCAGAGAGCCCAGGCUUAUCAGUUACCCCAAGGAUAAAUACGCUUAGCUGCUUUGGUGCUGACCUGGGGCAGAACAAGAAACCAGAAUAGUGUGCCUCUGUGGACACAAAUGGGAUGGAGGGAGGGCAGAGAGCCCUGAGCCUGGACAUCCCAUGGCAGAAUCAGCCACACGCCCCCCAGAGCAGGCCGGGGGGCUGCUCCAGCUCCCCCUGAGUGCGACAGCACACUUGCCGUGCACCAAGCUUCUUUUUACGUUCCUGAUACAGAAGCCCCUUUCAACCUGAGAGCUCCCACUCAUUCUGGGCCAAAAGCUGGUGUAGCCCCACCCUCUCUGGCUCACCCAGAAUUUGACUGAGGCACCCCGUCUUUGCCGGAACCAGGCAUCCUGAACACACUUCAGAGGGAGAAUUAUUUUUUUCUGGGUUCUCCACCUGCCUACAGACCCUGGGUGUGUGGCUUCAGGGCAGGGAUGAAGUGACCAGGCUUAGCUCAUGGGCCAGUGGCGUUUGUGGAGAUCUCUACCCCACCAAUGCGCUGACCUUCCUUCCACGACAGUCAGUCAGUGCCCCCAGGGAGCAGGGGAGCUGCAAGCUAAAUCUAGGGCACUGUUUCCUCCCCAUGCGCCUCUUCACAAAGAACAUCGACGUUUGUCUUGUCUGUCGUCAACCUACUUUUCCUUUUUACUUUUUUCUAUUUUUCAUUCUUUCUGUGCUGCCUCUCCACCCCAGAGACCAUGUAGCAUAGUGGAGAAGGCCCAGAGGGCGGGCAGGAGUGCUCGUGGCCAUCCUGGCUCGGUGCCUGGCUCGCCAUGUGCCAUCGAGCUCAUCUGGGCUCUCCUGGGGCCUCGGUUCCCGUCGCACUUGUAAAAGGACGCGGAUAAGCCAGAUGCUCUCCAGGGCCUUUUUCUGCUCUGCCAUCCCACAGACUUUCAUUUUACUUUGCUUUCUCUGGAUCUUUUCCAUCUGAGAGGACAGGAAGUUCCAGGACCUGUUUCGGGUUUUGAAUCCUGCAAGCACAUUCCAAGACUGGCCUGAAAUUGCAUGAGCAACAUCACUCUAAUUUAUUUUCCCCCCAAAAGCACCUUACCAAACAACUGCAACGCUGUCCUGUUCCUUUUUACUCACACCCCUCUCUCUUCUCUGGUCCCCACGCUCCCCCACCUCAGUGCUCCGUGCUGUAUGCGUGUGCUCUCUGUUCUUGUAUACUCAAUAAAAGUGAAAUAAAUGUGUUUGAUGCUCAACCACAAA